AUGGCAUUGGAAACUUCCUCUCCCAGUCACCAAGGCCUGACGCCUCCAGAUAGCCCAAUGAAAGGGUCGGCCACGCCUCAAGCUACCGUGGAGGAUCUGAAGCAUCUCUUUGACGUGCUUGAAAAGGUGCUGUUCGAUCUUACCAACCGAGACCCUCCAAAUACUCCUGUCUUCCAGGACCAUUCCCCACCAGGCCCCGAUAUGGUCCAACUAAAGCAACUGUUAGAGAAGGUCAUCCGCAAAGGAUAUUCUUCAGCUGAGCCUUCUCAGUCUUGCUUUUUUAGCAAUGAGAAGGCAGAGAAGGUCCAGGCGGCAGAUGGGCUUGAUCUCGAAAGCCCGAUCUGUACCACACCGGAUGGUUUCAAGUCGUUUGAGAAAUGGGCAUCAAAAUCCCAAUUUAAAACGGUUGUGGAAACGUAUGAGCCACCCGCCAACCACCCCUUCCACUUUUUCGGAUAG